AGAACGUCUCUCCACAUCAUUGCAGUCAGUCGCGUACACCGUGCUUCAAUUGCAUAGGUGUUAAAAUUUUGCUGAUUAUUCGAGUUUGAUUUUUUGUGUGGCUUGGAACAAAAUAGUUAUUUUACAUUUCUACCUAAACGCUUGAAGGAGUAUGGGCAAGUUGGUUUUGUAUUAUGAUGACGUCAGUCCACCGGUGCGCAGUUGUAUGCUGUUAAUAAAAAUGCUGGAGUUGGACGUUGAAUAUAAGUUCGUAGAUUUGUUCAGGGGCGGUCAGUUGGAUAAGGCAUUCAUUGAUCUAAAUCCGAAUCACACAGUGCCCACUUUGGUUCAUGAUGAAUUGGUUAUUACCGACAGUCACCUCAUUCUUAUGCACCUUUGUGAGAAAUUCGAAAAGGACAGUGAGAGCGAGAAAUUGUGGCCACAAGAAUAUGGUGAACGCAUACGAGUAAUGAAUAUGCUCUUUUUCGAAUGCUCAGUGCUGUUUCGGAGAGACAGUGAGUUUCUGUCCGGCAUAGUGCGCGGCGGCUUUGCAAGUGUUGAUUUACCUUUGCAUGAACGGAAAUUGCUGGAGGCAUACUCUAUGUUGGAGUCAUAUUUACGUCGGCACAAAUACAUGGCUGGUGACUAUAUGACAAUUGCCGAUAUAUCCAUCGUGACCACAUUGAGUACGGUGAAUCUAAUGUUUCCGAUUGCUGUUGGCGCCGCAGAUAAAUGGCCUCUGUUGAAUGAUUGGUUUGCCCGCAUGCAGGCCUUGCCAGUGUAUCACAUUAAUCAGACUGGAUUGGAAAAGCUUCGUGUUGUCAUCGAACGUAUUGGUAGAUUUAAAUUUCCAACAACCAGCGAAACAGCGAAGCUCGAGGCGAAGACGGAAGGUGAGGAUGUUGCGGAGGAGCAAGCAGAUGCAAAGAAUUUAGGAAAUGUCGAAGAAAAUAAAUAAAUAAAAGCUUUGUAUACGAAAAAUUUAAAUUGUUUAAUGUAUUCCAAGUUAAAAAAAUUUAUAUAACAUACAUAUUGCACAUAUAAAAUAA